AGUAUUUUCCAUAAUAUAAGGUAUAGAAACAUUCGUCGUCAUCGUGGCCAUUUUGCUACCUUUUUUCAAACAUCGUUCACUCAGCCAAAAACAGUUUACAAAAUCACCUUGUUUAUUACUUCCAACCGCUCAGCCUGAAAAUGUCGUCCACGGAGGAAGGAGGCGGCACCGUCGGAGCUCCCGGCGGAGCAGUUUCCACGGAUCAAACAAUCACCACCAACACCAAUCCCCUAGACACGAUCACUCCAAUGCCGGGUAAGGACUUCACUCUCAGCGAUGGCGAAUUAAAGAAUCUCCGGUCAUUAGACGAAGCUUUCGACGGCAACCAACUUGACCCCAAAGCCAAACCAUUGAUACGAAGAGUCCCAUCAACCCUUGGCCGUCACGAAGAUUUCAGGAAGUAUUUCAAGCCGAAAGUGAUCUCAAUCGGCCCACUCCACCACAAUGAUCCCACCUUCCAUGGAUCCGAGAUGCUCAAGCUCAGAUUAGCAGCACAUUUCGUCGAAAACAUUGGCGUCAAUAACGAAAUCUUGUACAAAAACAUAAAAACAGAGAUCAAUGGCUUGAGGAAAUGCUAUGAUCCAAAGGAAUUAGAGAAGUAUAGCAUCGAUGACGAGAAACUGGCUUGGAUGUUCUUCGUUGACGGCUGCGCAAUUUUACAAGCAGUUUAUAUGCGUUACGGCAAAGAUUAUAAUCUUACGCCGAACGAAUUGUUUAUUAAAAACCAAUUGCUGACAUUUGUGUACUCGGAUCUGUUCUUGUUGGAAAACCAAAUACCCUUUCGUGUUCUUGAAUUGCUUACAAGCUCGAGCAAAAAUGGCGAAAAGUUCAUGAAGGCGAUCAGAAGGUUCAUCGACGACACUGUUAUCACCCCAGCCGACAUGAAAGAGCCACAAUCACACCAGCAGGACAGUGAAUGGUGGGAGCAGCAAGAAGGAGAGCGAAUUCACUUAUUGCAUCUACUACGAGUAAGACUCCUUUUCAAUAAAGAAAAAAAAGAAAAUCCAUGGCGGCAUUCUAGGUUUUGCACUCGAUUUUUCAUGUACUUGAUAAAUCGCAGCAACCAAACAGGAACAAAACGGCACCAUUCACACACCUUUCGUAACGUAAAAGAGCUAGAAAACGCCGGGAUAAGGUUAAAAGCAAGCGAAACAAGUUGUUUAACCGACAUCAGUUUCAACAGUAUCUUCUUUGUCGGAAAUUUAUGGUUGCCGCCGAUCAUCGUCGAUGAUUCAACCGGUCCUAAAUUCAUGAACUUAAUAGCUUACGAAAUGUGUCCGGAUUUCGACAACGAUUUCACCGUCACUUCAUAUAUGUGUUUCCUUGAUUCAUUGAUCGAUGAAGCCGAAGAUGUUAAAGCCCUGAGACGCGCCGGCAUACUAUACAACGGACUGGGGAGUGAUGAAGAAGUGGCUAAGCUUUUCAAUAAGAUGAACACUGAUUUGGUUCCUAGUCCGAAGAUUUACAGUUAUGUUGAACAGCAAAUAGAUAAUCAUUGUAAGAAUAUGUGGAUUAAUUAUGCAGCUAAAGCUUAUCAUACUCUUUUUAGGAGUCCUUGGACGUGUUUGGCAUUUGUGGCUGCCAUUGCAGCACUUUAUCUUAGUGCUUUGCAUACUUAUUAUACCAUACAUCAACCAAAGUAAGUGUUGUUUACUUGUCUUUUUGUAAACUCUUGUUAUUUAUGAGAUUUUUCGAUUUUCCA